GAAGCAGCGGCAGCCAUUGAUAACAUGAAUGAUUCUGAGCUGUUUGGAAGGACAAUAAGGGUGAACAUAGCAAAGCCUAUGAGGAUAAAAGAAGGUUCAACCAGAGCAGUCUGGUCUGAUGAUAAUUGGCUUAAAGAGCAUGCUGGAGAAACAUUACAAGAUGAAGAAAAUGAUGGUAAAAGGAAGCUUGAUGAAGAUGAGAGUGAAGAACCUGAGAAGAAAAGACAAAAAUCAAAUCCUGUGGUUUAUUUUGAUAUUUCAGUAGACGGUGAAGAAGUAGGACGAAUUCAAAUUACGUUGAGGAAGGAUAUUGUUCCUCUUACUGCAGAAAAUUUUCGAUGUUUGUGUACUCAUGAAAAAGGAUUUGGAUAUAAAGGAAGCUCAUUUCAUCGUAUUAUUCCUCAAUUUAUGUGCCAAGGAGGUGAUUUUACAAACCACAAUGGGACAGGUGGACGAUCAAUUUAUGGGAAAAAGUUUGAGGAUGAAAAUUUCACUUUGAAGCAUACAGGCCCAGGUAUAUUAUCAAUGGCAAAUUCUGGACCAAAUACCAAUGGAUCUCAAUUUUUUUUAACUACUGCAAAGACUGAAUGGUUAGAUGGCUUUCAUGUUGUUUUUGGUCAAGUGAUAAGCGGUAUGGAAAUUGUCAAAAGGAUAGAAAAAUGUGGUACAAAGAGUGGAAAGCCUACACAAAAAGUUGUAAUUUUUAAUUGUGGUGAAGUGAAUUAAAUGUAUAAUAUAUCUAUAUAAAUUUUAUUUAAAAACUUUUA